UACAAAGGCAUCAUGUUUGCAUCCGAGUCAAUUGGAAACAACACUCAGAAAAAGCUUAUAAAAAUAGAUAUCAGUUCAGACACUAUGUGUCCAUGGUGCUUUGUGGGCAAAAAAAAUCUUGACAAAGCUAUAGUUGCAUCUAAGGAUCACUAUGACUUUGAGAUUCGAUGGCAUCCAUUUCAACUUAAUCUUUCUGCCCCAAAAGAAGGCAUCAAUAGGAAAGAGUAUUACAGGAACAAGUUUGGAUCUCAAACUAAGAGGAUAGAAGCUCAGAUGUUAGAAGUUUUUAGGGGCCAUGGAUUGGAAUAUAACCUUUCAGGACUCACGGGAAAUACUCUAGACAACCACAGGCUUAUGCAUUUCGCUAGGCAACAGGGUCUUGAUAAGCAACAUAAUCUUAUGGAGGUGCUCUCUCUUGGCUACUUCACUCAGGAAAAAUUUAUUAGUGACAAGUAA